ACUUCCUCGACUUCUUGGCCACGUUCAGUCGGUGGCCAGUUUCCAGAGCAAGAGCUCCGCCUCGAGCUCACCGCCUCUCGGCAGCUAAAAGAUAAACAUUCUGCUGGCGAGCAGUAAACAGAGGAACCGCAACGAAAGCCAUUCGGAACCUGUGGCCACUUGUCAGCGUCAGUGGUAGAAAGUUGAAAGUGCCUGUGACAGUUGUUCCUGCGACUUGUAAGCCGUCUCAAGUGUUGGCUCUCUAACUGUUAAAAUUACCCGAACAAAAAGACCGGCUGGGCAGUCGCAGCUCGCGUGUGCGUGUUUCCAUUCUGCGGCACUCCAAAAAAACCGAUACAAUAAGGAAUCUCCAUUUAUGUGUGUCCGCCGCAGGCAAUAGGCCGACUUUUCUGGCUCGUACGUGCUGGUGACUUGGCCGGGAGUGGGGGUACAAAAAGAAAUCAAAAAGAAAUUCCUUUUUAACAAAUCGAUUUUGGUUCUCUUUCCAUGUUUUCUUGUUUGUAGCUUUUGCCAUAGUAAUAUAAAUUUAGAAACAUUCAAGCUAAUGACAAAUUAAAAAUAGAAGAAGCAAAAAGCCAAACAACACAACACCAUACACAUUAAAAAAUUACGAACCGCGCGUGUUAAAAGUUUGGACUGUUAUCAACAACAACAACAACAACAACUACAAUAGCAGGAACAACAAGUAGAACAAAAAUUAACAAUAAACUGCGAUAAAAGCAACAACAAACGGGAAAAGUUUCUUUAUUUUGUGCGGCAAACACGCCCCCUGCCCAUUUUGAGCGACACCAGAAGGCAAAUCAAGAAGGACAAUGAAGGAGUCGCGGCUCGCGGCCCCAUCCUGCCGCCGCCACGCCCCCUCAUCCGUAGGCGAACAUCAUCAGCAGGAGUAGAAGCGGCGCGGCGGAUGGACGGCGCGUGUUGAGCAAAUAAUAAAUUUCAUAAAGCUGCUGACUGUCGCCGACUGUUGCGCUCGAUCGAGUGCCGAAAAUUGCUGGAUUCCAGUAGAAACUAAACCGGGUACCGUGCCGGGGGACUCAGAAAUGGAGCGACUUGCCGACUUGAAGAGUGAGAGCAACAGGAAGAGGAAUCAACAUGACGACGAACUUUGGCCGACUGGUUGUUUGCAUUGCAGAUUGCAAUUACUGGAGUUUUAAAUUUCACGGAGAAUGGUAAAGAGCAACUACAGCGAAGACGAGAAGACAUCAUUAUGGAGCCGACUUUAAUGAGCUGCCCUUCAAGAGGGACGCGUCGUGUGAAGUGACCAUGAAAUUGAGAGACAUGUCGGGGCCCAAAGUAACUGAGCUUCUUGGCACAACAAUGACAUUGCCCCUGGCUCUGGCAGGCACAUCAGCAACAUCGGCAUCCACCAGCAGCAGGCUGGGCAAAUCGAUAGCGGCACUUGUCACAGGUAGUACCGCAGCUCUAAAUGCCACCGUUGCAACAACAGCAGCGACAACAACAAGAGCCACCACCACUAAUGGCAACCCACUGCUGGCAACAGCCACAUCAACGAUAGCCACCACCCUGCCACCUGCAACGACAACAGCAACAGCUGCAGUUGCAACAACGAGUUUGCCUACAACACUGCAAUUUUUAGAUGCCUCGUUGACUUCGCUAUCGUUAACAGCCACAUCAUCGGCGUCGUCCACGUCCUUUGCGUCCUCAGAGAGUCCGUUUGAUUUUCUUGCCACAAACACAACAGCACAAGCCAUUGCCAACACCAACACUAGCCUCAUUCUCGAGGAGCGGCCCGAUCUGGAGGAGGAAAGCUGGCUGGAUGUGUCCCUGCUGGUGCUCAAAGGAUUCAUCUUCUCGUCAAUCAUCCUGGCGGCUGUCCUGGGCAACGCACUGGUCAUCAUAUCUGUGCAGAGGAAUCGCAAGUUGCGGGUGAUAACCAAUUACUUUGUCGUUUCGCUGGCCAUGGCCGACAUGCUGGUGGCCCUCUGCGCGAUGACAUUCAACGCCUCCGUGGAGUUGUCCGGCGGAAAGUGGAUGUUCGGCCCGUUCAUGUGCAACGUGUACAACAGUUUGGAUGUUUACUUUUCCACGGCGAGCAUCCUGCACCUCUGCUGCAUUUCGGUCGACAGAUACUAUGCCAUUGUGCGUCCCCUGGAGUAUCCAUUGAAUAUGACGCACAAAACAGUGUGCUUCAUGCUGGCCAACGUCUGGAUCCUUCCCGCCCUCAUCUCGUUCACGCCCAUCUUCCUGGGCUGGUACACCACCGAGGAGCACCUGCGGGAGGUGUCCCUGCACCCCGACCAGUGCUCCUUUGUGGUCAACAAGGCCUACGCCCUCAUCUCCAGCUCUGUGAGCUUCUGGAUACCCGGCAUCGUGAUGCUCGUGAUGUACUGGCGCAUUUUCAAGGAGGCGGUGCGCCAACGAAAGGCUCUCAGCCGCACCAGCUCCAACAUACUUCUGAACAGCGUCCACAUGGGCCACACCCAGCAGCCGACCAACCUGAGCUAUCUGCAUCCCAGCGACUGCGAUCUGAAUGCGGCGUCCACGCGGGAGGAGACGCACAGUGCCCUCAGCAACUUGGAGGACAUGUUGCAGCCGGCCACGGACGAGGACGACGACAGGGACGAGUGCGAUGAACUGCGAGUGCCAUCGCCGCCGCCGCGACGACUCAGCCGUAGCAGCAUCGAUCUGCGGGACCUAGAGCAGGAGCGCUACGAGAAGGUCACCCACACAGACAGUGCCCCCUCAAUGAUGGCGCUGCAGCAGCAGCAGCCGGGGCAUCCGCACAUGCCACACAACCAGUUGCAGCCGCCAGCGCCAGUGUUCAACCCCCAGAUUUGGACAGAGUCCAUUCCGGGCGGCAAAACAGGGCCCCCAUCAGCAACAGAGUCGGAUAAGAAGCCACAUCCGGGGGCGCCUCAGCAGCAACACAGCCUAACAAGUGGCAGUGGCAACAGCGAGCAGGAGCCAGAGUCGACGGCAUACCGGGUAUUUGGCCUUAACAGUGACGAGAGCGAGGGCAAUGACGUCUACGACACCCACCUGCCACUGGCUGAAGACAACAAGGAGUUGAAGCGCCUGAUCGAGGAUAAUUACCUUUACUUCAAGCGCCAGACGGGAGGAACCAUUCUGAGUGGACCUGGAGGUGGCAAGUACGCUGCUCUGAGCGAAACGGACUUCAUACGCUUAAAGGCCGGAGCGGCGGCCUGUGCACGGAAGGCGUACGCCUCCAGUGACUCGGAGUUCCUGAAGACUAUAAGCGAGUCCCGGGCCACAACUGGGCAACCAGAACUGCCAGUGGGCAAAAGCGAAAAGGGCUUCAAUAUCCUCUCCCUGCUGUCGAAAACCAAGCGCACCAGUUCCGAGUGCUUUGCUCUAGAACGUAAACGCCAGCAGACCAACUCCGAGGGCUCCAGCUUCUUCCGGCGGGCCCGCAACCGGAAAUUGUCGCACAGCUACAACGGGUGCGGAGGCGGUGGAAAGGAACGCAAACUUGAGCGACGCCAGCGGCAGCACAGCGACACGGACUACACGCCCAACAAGCCGGACAUCCUGCUGGACAUCAAUGUCCUGAGCGAGCAGAGCGUCGGGGGCACCAACGUGAUCCAGCAGUUCGGCGAUGGCGUUCAGCUGAUCGAUUUCAGCGAGAUUACCGCACCGCUUCCGGUGUCCACCGGGGACGACGAGCUGGCCCAGUUGGCGGACUGUUUCGGCGAGUCCCCGCAGCAGCCAGCCACCCCGCCGCCGUCUCUUUCGCCGCCGGAACUGCCGGAGCCGAGUGGCCUGCUCAUUGCCAGCAGUUCGGAACUGGCCGAGAUCUUUCGGUCGCUAAGUUUCCCUCUGGGACGACCAGCUGGGGCCCCCCAGCGCCUGAGCACGCUGAGCGACCAGGUGUGUCCCAACUAUCUGAUGUCCCCACCGAACACACCGGCCCCGGCCCUGCCGCCCGCGAAUUCGCCCUGCAGUGGCAUGGGAAUGGACCCAUCUAAUGCUCAGACGGCGUCCAUCAAUGUGUACUUCCUGUCGCCGCCACCGCAUGCCGCUGGUCCGGGCUACACGCCCAGUGACACCUCCACCGUGUCCUUGGAUGUGGUCACCACGCUGCCGGUGCCCCAGCCCCCGAGUCCCCAGGUGCCGCAGCAGCUGCAGCUGCCCCUGCCCCUGAAUGUAUCACCCAAACCGGAGAUCAUACUCGAUUCCACGCUGUCACCCAUGGAAACGGGCAGCGACAAGGACGUCACGUCGCCGCUGUUCAAGCGCAAAGAUAGCGCCGGCGAUGCGGACGUGAGCGUUUCCGGCGGAGGUGGAGGCCUCAACGGAGGAGGUGGAGGUGGAGGGGGAGGGGGAGGUGUAGCUGGCAAGCAGCGCUGCAGCAUCCUGACCGGCUACGAUGGCAUCCAAACGGUACGCAAACGACAGGCCUCCGUGGUGACCUACGACGUGAAUGUCAUCAACUUUUCGCAGGAGAACAGCGAUAGUCGGAGCUAUAUCCCCAUGGGCCGCGUGUCCACCAGUUCAGCAAAGCCCGAAUUUUCCAAUAAAUCCUCGCUCAUCCGACGCGGCGGCAUCUGCAUCUUUGUGGAUGAGGAGGAGGCGGAGACCAUUGAGCAGCGGCCCCGUGGCAUCACCUUCGCCCCGGUGCCCAGUCCGCUGCCCAAGUGCCCGCUCUGCGGCGCCGACAUCAGCACUACCACCGUCAAUGCGAACGCCGGCACCACAACCAACGGCACCACUGACACCACCGCCAUCGGCACAGCCACCACCGCCACUGCAAGUAGUAAACGUAGUAGUCACGCCCCAGAUCCAGCUCCAGAUCUUGGCCAGGGGUCCACUUCUAGCUUCUGGCACAAACGUACGGCGGCGGUCACGGCAUGUUGGCAGCAGAGCAAGAACCGGAAGCGCCGCUUCAAGACCGGAUGCAGUCACUGCGGUGCAACCGGCGGCUCCGUCCGACCGGCGAAAGGAUGGAAGGCCGAGCACAAGGCCGCCCGCACCCUGGGCAUCAUCAUGGGCGUCUUUCUGCUCUGCUGGCUGCCCUUCUUCCUGUGGUAUGUCAUCACUUCGCUAUGCGGACCCGCCUGCCCCUGCCCGGAUGUUCUGGUGGUGGUGCUCUUCUGGAUCGGCUACUUCAACUCCACCCUGAAUCCGCUUAUCUAUGCCUACUUUAAUCGGGAUUUUCGCGAGGCAUUCCGCAACACACUGGAGUGUGUGCUGCCGUGUCUGGAGAAACGCAAUCCCUACAACGCCUACUACGUCUAGACCGGACUCCGGAUGUGGCGCAAUGCCCCUAUAAGUGAUAUUUAAUACUUGAGUGAAUCGAUAUACCAAAUCACAAAAUGAAACCAAAAAAAAUAAAACAAUGAAAAACAAGAUAAGUUCGUGCAGGCAUCUAGCUAGCAAAAUCCUUCGAGCUAAGCAAUACUCAGUGUGUGUUUAUGUAUACGUGUAAAUUUUCAUUUAAGCAACGAUAGGGAAUUUAAACUAAACUGGUGUUCUGAGCCCCUAAAACUGGGGAUUUACGAACAAAAAAUGCUGCUCCGGAUCUAUACUGUUCAAUAUAUAAGUGUUGUUUGUCCAAUUAAACAGGCGAUAUACGUAAAAAUAUACAUAUUAAAAAAGCAAAAUCCAAUUAAAAAUAAAAAGAUUUCGGAUUGAAGAACCAAAUCCGAAAUGAAUUGUAAGAAAUGUGCAAACCUUCUUCGGCAUGUCGAAGAUUUAACACUUUUUCCAUAGUCCCAGUAAUGAAAGCAGAAAUAUCAAUCCGUUUCUUAAAAAGUUACUCAAAGUAAAAUUCCGGCAGAAAUAAUUUAAACUUAGAUCGGACCGUGGAAAGAGUGAACCGGACACCGGAACCGGAACUGUCCGGACAUCUAACCUAUAGCAUUAAGCAUCAUGUGUAAUCUAGCGAAUAUAUUAGCAAAACCAAAUCUACAAGAUCGUGUUGAAAUUAAAAGUUUUAAAAAUUAUGCAAUCGAAAUUAUGUAAACCAUUAAUGUUAAAAAAGAUAAACGGUGAGGCGACGAAUUGUGAGUAGGGACACUAGGAAUUUUCAAGCAGAAUGACAAUCUACAAAUGUGUAAACAAGGAUGAACUUCGAAACAACCAAAAAAUUGGCAAGCUGUAGAAAAUUUCGCCAUUCGCUGCAAAAUCGAUUCACUUAUUUUAAUUUAGUUAGUUGUACUCCACUUCACCCGCCACCGCCACCGCCACCAGCCAUCCUUCACCCUCUCUCCUGUGUUGCGACGACUUUUGUGAUAGUAAAGGAAAUUGAUUGUAUUUCUAGUUGAAUUGGUUUGCCUCGAGUAGGUGCAUCUUGUCUAAGUGUCUGUACGAUAAAUGUGUACGUGUGUAUACGUAAUGUAGUUAAGCUAAGCCAUGUAUCGCUAUGUAUUUCAAUGUACUUGCUGAACUAAAACUACUGUAUAUUAAAGUGUAAAACUAACGUGUUUUAAAACAGUUGAA